AUGAACCCGAACUACAGAAAUCAGAAAAAAGUUAAAAAAGUGCCUUUACCACCAUACUUAGCGACACCACGGCCAUGUCUUGACAGUUUACGUUUACCGAUUUCUAGGCCUUGUCAGUAUCAUCCAGUAACAAGGCCUGCAGUGAUCACUUCCUCUUGUUACCAAUCUUGUACUGAAAAACUUCCAGUCUGUCACUGCGUUAACGCCUGCAGCAACUCUAACAGCUGUAAGAGGUCAAAUCCAUAUAUAUGUCCUCAUGGAUUUAAUCAUCAAAAUGUAAAUAGAGAAAAUGUUGAAGAAAACGGAAAUAGCGAUGAAGAGUUUUGUGAUAACAAUGAAUUCAUCGGUAAUGUAGAUAAAAUAAAUUUCGAAAAGGAUUUAGGGCCAUAUCAAGAGAAUAGAAGCGACAAAAUACCUUUAAGAGACUCAUUUUUAAACACUUACUCAAAACUUAAUAAUACCGUACCAGAUAAUAUAGCAAAUGAACUAGAUCAAUCGUCACGAGUUGUCAUAGACAGCAAAUAUGAAAAUAAAGAUGUAAAUACAUGUUGCUUUAAAAAUCAAGAUAAUAUUAAUUCAAAUACAAAUAAAACAAUCUUUGUUGAUCCUGAAUUUUCAGGAACAAACAAGAAUAUGAAUGUGGAUACUUCAAAUUUUCAUAUCAACAAUCAAAGUGUAGCUACUCCUGAAGUACACUCGUAUAAAGAUGGUGAUCAGGUACGUAACGACAUGAGUCUAACAGGAUUUCAUAGGCGUUAUUUACAAAGUUCUCAAGAUCUUAAUAAAUCAUCACAGCCGACCAUGUUCGGAUCAGCCCCACAACUAUCACAAGCUGAUCUAAAAAAUCUUACUAACGAAUCUGUACUAACUCAAAAAAAUGAUGCAUCAAAUCAAUGCUGUUUUCCUCCAUACAUUCAUGCUGCACAACCCGAUACAUCAAAGGAUUUUAAUCAUACUGAAGAAGAUCAAAGUUUAAAGAAACAAGGCCAGUCAUCUAUAUAUUUUAAUAAUUCAAACGGUCAAAGAGAACAAAACUCAAAUAAAAAUAUGUAUGAAUCUACGGCUACAUCUCAUCUUAGAAUAAAUGACAAUAUAUCGCGCGGAAAUAUCAAUGAAACAAAAACAAUAGAGAAGAAUAGGUUUUCGAAAAUUUCGCAGUCCACAAACAUGAGUGAUAAAAGACACAAGUCCCUUCAAAUUAGCUCUUCCCAUGAUCAAAUGACAACAGAUCUCGCUUAUGAUGAUCACACUUCAUUCCCUGAAUCGUCAUACAAAGGUUUUUUAUCAAAGGCUAGAUGUUGUAAGGGAUCUGAAAACUCCAAGCAAAAUAUACAAGAUAAAAUGCAUGACGACAAUUUCAGCAAUAACAAUCAUUAUCCUGGAUAUCUUCAUAAUCAAACAAAAUUAAUACCUGAUCGUAGGACCCAAUUAUCAGGAGAUCCGAAUUAUGAUAAUAAAUGUGAUUUUACAGCUGAGCAGUCGUAUCGACAAGGAUCAGAUCAUUAUAAUCAAGGAUUAUAUGAAUUCGAUCCAAAAAAUACAAAUCGGAAAUCUGAAUAUAAAAGAAAUAAGAGUAUCCAGAAAUCUUCAGUAAGAUAUAAAGGUGUUCGAAACCUGUCCCCGGUGAGCAGCAAGCUGACGUCAUACCUAUCACACGUGCGCGCGUGGCACGCCGACGACCGCGAGUGCGGGGACAGCUUCACGUGCAGGCAUGGCCUGCUCAUGCACGUCGCCAAGACGCACCGGAGCCCGCCCGAAAACUCAGUCUAUCCGUCAAUUGACAGAUAUGGGUUCCCCACUGCAACUUUGAAUCAAUGGUGA